AUGUCGUGUAUGGGAGCCUGUUCGUCUCGAGAUGUUCGAUUAACCGAAAACUCGGAAUGGCUGCCGUUUGCGCUCGAAGUUUUCAUGCAAGCUCAUCGCUUAUUGAGAAGCUUCAUGGACUUCUUCAGCUAUCACGCGGAUAAAUGUUGCGGCGUGAAUUACGACGCUGUCCCGUUGCACGCGGCUCUGGACAUCGUGACUGUAGCAAUGACAACGGUAAUUUGCGACAAUAUGCCGAAAAAGAGGUCCCAACGAUCUGGAUUGUUUCGCAACGUACUCCCCUGUGUCCACUGCCGGGAUAACAAAGUUCUGCCAGAAAACAUCGUUCGCAAAGUAGAUGCAGUUCUCACAUGUGUACAGAAGAGCUGUGCUGUCGAGAAUGUUAUAUGUCAAGUGAAAGAUAUCUUGUGCACUUUGGAACGAUUGUCACCUUGCGCACCGUCGAAAAAGCUUCAAACACUGUCACUCCUUCUGAAGGAAGUAAUGAAGAGGUACAUCUGUUCUGAUUACCAUCUAGAAGAACAACCGUCACGCGACACGCACAAUGAACUGAUGUUAAAUCUUGUGAACAAUUUUAUUCGCGACUGGAGUGAAAAAAUGUCUUGGACGCGACCCGGUUUCAGAAUCUGCAGGUUUUGUGAUCGCGUGGUUAGUGAAACGACUAGACAAUGGGGGACAUUUUGUUGCAAGGACGCGCAGCAAUUUCACAGCAUCUACAAAGAGUGGGCUCUGCAACAGUCGAUAUCGAGCGUCGGCAAGGAGGAACCGAGUGUUUUUGAAGGAAAAUCGACGUCUCCGAGGCACGAGCAAUUCGCAGGUAUCGAUGAAAGUUCAAACGUGCACGCUUCCGACGGAAAAUCACCGACUAUGUUUGUCACGGAUUAUAAGAGCAGCGACGCAAGAUUCGCCGGGGAACGUGAAAGUGCAAAGGGAAAACGAAGAGGUUUCGAUCGAACGAUAAAACAUCCAUCUGUCCGCGAGAUAAGCGCGACACGUCGCGCUGUGGCUGAAGUGUCCUCAAGAAAAACAGAGGUGGAAAAAUACGACGAUUCGAGCCGGGAACGGAACAAAUUUAUCGGAGUCGAGGGCAGAGAUUUAACAAAGACGGCAACUCGUAAGUUCGAGGGAAAGAUGAGAGGAGAAAUAAAGAGGAGCCGCAAUAUCGAUAGAAGUGGAGGGUAUCCUAUCACGCCGGAUGGACGGCCAAGACGUGACGACGCUCCGUAUAAAAGCGAGCUCGGGGAAGCCCGUAGAUCGCGUAGUUUACGUGACACGAAGCUUGAAAAACGAACGGCUGUCGGGAAAAUGAGGAAAAUUAAGAGAGAUGCCGAGUAUUCAAAUCGAUCGGAACGCGCAGGAUUGUCGGACGCGGAGCUCGAUGGGGAUACGGUUAACCGUUCUAAACGAGCAACGAAAGACGCAUCGUUGGCUGGAGGAAAAGCGCGGAGGAUACUUGAUAGGGGCGAGUUAGCGGAAAGUGAAAAGGAGAAACAUGUGAGAAAGACGAACGCUAUUGACGGUGAAGGGGAAACGAUGGAUCGGCGAGGCAGAAAAGAGUCACGAGAGGUAAAGAGUAUUGACAAGAUGGAUGAAAUGGCGGAUGCAAGUGAAAAUAAAGAGAUUCGCGGUAGAAAGAAGAAAAAAGGAGAUACGCUUGACAGCGAAAGGAAAGAAGUGUCUCACGGUGUUAACGAAAAGGGCGAAAUUCUUAGACGCGAUGAGAAACGAAAGAGUCGUUCCAGCGAAGAGGCUGACGAAAGUGAUCCUGACUUAACGAAGAAACGUAAAGGCGCGAAAGUUGGUACGAGCACGGAGGAUAAAUCAACGCUCGAUUCAGAAGUGUACAGUAAAAAAGGAACGAGUUCAUUCGGCAAGAAGAGACGUGACCAAGUUGGUUCGAGUAAAAUGGACGUGGACGACAAUUACACUAAGACAAAUGGAUUCAGUUAUGAAAAAGGAAGGACGGAAGGCGAUCGGAGCUCGAUUGAGUACCAAUUAUCAAACCAGUACUUCAUGGAACUGGGCUGGACUAUGUUGCCAAUUGCCAAAACCAUGAGGAAAAUCGUUCAGUAUCAAACAAAGCCGGCAAAGCCUCAUAUCGACUGGUUCAAUAGAAACGAAUACAAAGGAAAAAUGUACUAUAAAAACGGAACUGUUUUCGUAAAUUUUCUCUACGAUGGAUCGGCCGAAGUAUUUUACCCAAAUGGCAUUGUGGGCCUUAAAAUCGAAAGAACGAAAAGUCCAAAAUGUAACGAUUAA